AUGCAGGCAACGAUAGAUUUGAUGGGCUCCCAAUUGGCAAAGCUACAAGAACAGUUUGACAUGCAGCACGGGUCUAGGAACCAUGCCCCAGAUGAUUUAAGCUUAGGGGUUCAACAAAAUAAUCGUGGAUCGACUCCAACAUUAGAUGCUUUGGAUACGAUAAAGAUGCCUACCCCUUGUGAAUUGGUGUUACCCUAUGGGGAGUUAGACCAAAAAUGUGCCAAGGGAUUGGUCUUUCCAUAUGGGAAUGGGUUGAUACACACAUUUCCUUUACGAGAAAAUCACCUGAAGGUUCUGAUAGACGACAUCGAUUAUAGAUAUGAAAAUUUUCCUGUUCCUGUGAUGACAAAAGUGAUGGCUUAUGAGCACUACAUCAAUCCUAUGGUGUACAUGCAAACCCUAAAGCUUUGGAUCUAG